CGCGCAACGUAUACAUUCACGCGUGCGUGCGUACGUAUAUACACUUCUCGCCGAUCGACCGGCCGGACCACCGUGCCAUCACAUCAUCGGAGAGCGCCACCUGCCGGCAGGUGAGCUCGAUCCGCUACUCGUCCUGGCGGCGACGACGAUAGAUCCGGCCACGAUGAUGCGCCGUCGCGGCCUCCCCAGCUUCUGCCACGGCGUCGCCUCCACGUCCACGGUGCAGCAGCUCCACGGCAAGGAGCAGCCGGCCCGCGUCGGCGGCGCGGACGCCGCGUCCUCGUCCUUCCUCGCCGUGCCGCCGUCGGUGGUGGGCUCGUGCGUGGCCGAGACCGAGGUGAGCGGCACGGGAACCGGCGGUGGUGCGGGCGACGGUGGAGGCGGCCCGGCGGUCACGCUGGAGGAGAUGAUCCUGCAGCUGGACCUGGAGGAGGAGGCGGCGAGGAAGGCGCGGCGCGCGGCGGGGUACGGCGGGGAGGAGGACGACGGGUGGUGCCCGCGCCGGAUGUCGUGCGUGGACGGCGGCGGCGCCGGCCCGGCGGACCACGUGCUCCGGUCGGCGCGGGACGCGCUGAGCCAGUACCCGCGCUUCUCCGUCGACGGCCGGGACGCCAUGUACCGCGCGUCGUUCAGCGGGUUCUACGAGGGCAUGGGCCGCGACGCCGCCGCCGCCGCCGCCGGCACCUACAGCCGGCCGCGGGCGUCGGCGUGCGGCGCGGGGUGCGGGGCUCUCGUGUGCAGCGCGGGGGGAUACGAGAUGGACCUGGAGCGGACGCUGCGGAUGCCGGCCACGGUCGCCGGGGAGAGCGUCGUGUGGUGCAAGCCCGGCGUGGUGGCCAAGCUCAUGGGGCUGGAGGCCGUGCCCGUGCCAAUCAGGGGAGGGCUCCGGCGGAGGAAGGCGAGCGGGCAUCCGGCCGCGACGUGCGGCGGCGGCGGCGGCGUCAGGAAGCAGAGGCUGAGGAGGACGGGGCAGGAGGAGCUGGCCUUGAACAAGGAGAAGCUCUUCAUGGCGCUGCAUGGUUACGACGUCGCCGGGGCGGGCGCACGACACGCUGGCGCCCUCCGGUCCGGCGUGGGACCUGAUGUCAGUGAGAUGGGCAACGACGGCCAUGGAUGGGAGUUCCGGCUUCGCUGUUGAAGGGUGACUGGUUGAGGAUGCAGAUCCUGUUUCCCUGUACAACAGCCACUUUAGGGGUUCAACUAGAAGCUCAGGCAUUGAAAUUGGGACUUCAAAUCGUUGAAGAGAAAGGGAGACCGAACUUGAAAAGGUGGAAACCCUCAACUAAGAGAAUGAACUUCCAAUUGCAAUAUACUUCAAACAGUUUGGCAGGACAAAUUUUGGGUUUCAGCAACAGGGGAAACUGCUGCGUCAGGAUCGUUAACGCCAUCAGAGGCUUUGGGCAUAUGUGAUUUUGGUUAGUCUCACAAUGAUGGUAGGAGGAUGAUGGCAAUGGCAGAGGUACAUACAUGCCUAGCGAGCGCUGUGGUGAGAAUCAACCAAAUUUGAUCUUUCGAAAAAAAAAGAAUCUACCAAAUCCGGAGAAGAUGAAAUGGUCCCAUUGGAGUGGAGAAAGAUUGUAAGAUCAAAGUUUUGAGUGGAAAUAAUGCAAGUACAAGACUUCACUGUCCAUGAUAUAUAAGGGAUCCCACUGAGAGCAGGGUGCUGUCCAUAGGCAAGCUUCAGCACAAGUGUCCAUGUAUUAGUGCUUUCGCUUUCCAGUGUUGUACAAGUAUAUCCAUUUAUAUCAUAUUGGUUCAAUUAUAACUUACCUAGAUAUAUAAACUUGCUUAAAUGUUGUGUGCUGGUGGCAGAUACGUCCAUUACAUUGUCACAUGGAAACCAUGAUGGGCGAUUACAAAU